AAACUUUCUCUAAAGAAAAUGCUUCUGAACAGAGCCAUGAAUGAUCUGGAGAGGGUGAAAAAGAAGACAGAUGAAGAGAGAAAUCGCUACCUGCAGGACAAUCUCCCUCCUCUGCAGCUUUCUGGACUCUCUCUGGCCGACUUACAGGUGACGUACCCAGACCAAAAGAAUAAAAAUUUUCAGGUAGAUGAAGAGAGGUACGACAAUGAGGAUAAAGUCAUUAAAUAUAACAAAGAUUUCAACGAGCUAAAGUUGAUGUUUCAGGGUCUAGGGGGGAAGUUUAAGAAGCCUGUGCUGAGGAAGGUACGUGUGUCUGCUGAUGAGAUGAUGAGGGCCCUGCUGGGCUCCAAACACAAAGGCUCCAUGGACCUCAGAGCAAAUCGCAAGUCUGUCAAGGAGGACAUCAAGCAAGAGAAGGUCCUGAACAGUGAAGUAGGUGACUGGCGUAUGAUAACUGUAGACACGUUUUAG